GGGUUUGGGGAGAUGAUGACGUCAGAAAGAGCAGCUCUUAGUGAUGACGACAGUUAUGCAGAACAUUCAAAUGCAAUGCAGUGUGAGGCAUUUGGACUGCAACUCCCAUUGGGCAUGAGUGGGGGAUUCUGGGAGCUGAAGUCUUCAUUUGCAAAAGAAUAGUAACUCAGGAGGGCAGCAGAAGAGGAGGAGGAUGGUGAACGUGGGCAUCUCUCGCGUGGAAGAAGGAGUGGCAGCCAGGCACCCGGGUCUCCAGGAGUACACCGCCUGCCAGUCCUAUGCCUUCAUGAAGGGCAUGGGGGCCUUUGUCACAGGCUCCGGAGUAGCCUUCAUUCUGCAGAAACUCAACCGGAAAAUGCCUUAUCCACUUCACUGGAACAUCUUGGUCUCAUUUGUCCUAGGUUCAGUUGCCAGUUACGCAGUGACCCAACGGGAGACCCAGAAAUGUUCAGACUUGUGGAUCUUCCUGGAAACGGAUUACCAGAGGCCCCCAAAUGCAUCCAAAGAGGGAGUGCUGCCGAGUUCGAAUCCCAAAGACACAGCAGAAGCCGGGGUGAAAAAGAACCGAUAUGGGGAUGUUGUGGAAUAAAUUGGAAAGAUGCUCCGGACGAAAUGCAAAACGGCAUCAAAUCCAGCAAACGCAGGACUAGUCCGAUUCCCUUUGCCUUGCAGAAAUAUACGCAGCCAAAGACUGUGUUAAUAACUUUUUAAAAUAUCAACAGUUUGGUAAACUAUAUAUAUAUGUUUUGGUUAGGUUUUGUUUUCUGAUCCCUUGAUUGUAAAAUUAUACAUUAAUAUAUACAUAGAGAUAUAUAGAGAUAUAUUUUCUGGCCAUCUGCAUCCAGAGGCGAAAGGGUUGCAAAUCUCAUCUCUGAUUCUUCUUUGGCCGCGGCCGAGAAAGCGGACAUUGCUCUGCAAGAAGGAAAACAGACAGAAAGGAUCAACCUGCAAAAGCAAAGAAAGAAAGAAGUGGAAUAAACCCAAAGGGAAACAAAUGCAAGGGAGGGGUUUCUCUUACCAUCUUGACUUUGGUACUUGAUAUCCGUUUUGGAGAAUCCCAGCGAUCUGACGUAAUCCUCAAACAUUUUCUUCAGGCUCUCCGGCGCGUCCGAUCCCCUGACUCCAAAGAAUAAUAAAAGAGACCAAUAAAGCAA